ACGGUUCGUGAGCUCCGCCACUUCAACGGACACCACCAAGGCAAUCUCUUCUCUGAAUUGCUUCACUCUCUUUGUUCUCAAACCCUAGCUCAUCCCCAAAAUGUCCUCCCUCUCUCUCCGGAUCUCCUCCUCCGUCGCCGCCAAUGCCAGAUCCGAAUCCGAUCAUCGCCUCCGUCUCCUAUCGUCUUCCUCCCCCACCGUCGCCACCUCUCCCGCGCUCCACUUCUGCGGCCUCAGAACCGAAGCUUUGAAGCUCGGAGCAAAGUCGAAUCGGUGGAAGGUGGUGUCAGCGGCGGUGGCGCCGCAGGAUGGGAGCGCUUCCGAUGAGUUUGAUUACGAUCUGGUGAUCAUCGGAGCUGGAGUCGGCGGCCACGGCGCUGCUCUUCACGCCGUUGAGAAGGGCUGGAAGACUGCGAUCAUUGAAGGUGAUGUGGUUGGAGGAACAUGUGUGAACCGGGGCUGUGUUCCUUCCAAAGCUCUCCUUGCUGUGAGUGGGCGGAUGCGGGAGCUUCAGGAUGAGCAUCACAUGAAGGCUUUUGGUUUACAGGUUGCUGCAGCUGGGUAUGAUAGGCAAGGAGUAGCUGAUCAUGCAAAUAAUCUUGCCUCAAAAAUCAGAAGUAACUUGACCAAUUCAUUGAAGGGUCUUGGAGUUGAUAUACUUGAAGGUGUUGGCACAAUUUUGGGUCCACAAAAGGUGAAAUAUGGAAAAGUUGGCUCCUCUGGCAAUGUAAUAACAGCAAAAGAUAUAAUAAUUGCUACUGGCUCUGUACCUUUCGUCCCUAAGGGAGUUGAAGUUGAUGGGAAAACUGUAAUAACCAGUGAUCAAGCACUUAAAUUGGAAUUUGUUCCCGAUUGGAUAGCCAUUGUUGGCAGCGGCUACAUUGGUCUUGAGUUUAGUGAUGUAUAUACAGCACUUGGAAGUGAGGUUACAUUUGUUGAAGCUUUAGAUCAGCUUAUGCCUGGCUUUGAUCCUGAGAUUGGGAAAUUGGCUCAGCGGGUUCUAAUUAAUCCUCGAAAAAUUGAUUACUAUACUGGUGUAUUUGCAAGCAAGAUUACUCCAGCUAAGGAUGGAAAACCUGUUAUGAUUGACCUCAUUGAUGCAAAGACAAAGGAACCAAAGGAUACUUUAGAGGUAGAUGCUGCUCUUAUUGCAACUGGUAGGGCCCCUUUCACAAAAGGGCUUGGUUUGGAGAAUAUCAGAGUAGAAACCCAAUGUGGUUUUGUUCCUGUUGAUGAACACAUGCAAGUAAUUGAUGCGGAUGGAAAGCUGGUUCCUCACUUGUAUUGCAUUGGUGAUGCAAAUGGAAAAAUGAUGCUUGCUCAUGCUGCAAGUGCCCAAGGAAUCUCUGUUGUUGAACAAAUUAGUGGAAAGGACAAUGUGCUGAAUCAUUUGAGCAUCCCAGCAGCGUGUUUCACCCAUCCUGAGAUCAGUAUGGUGGGGCUGACGGAGCCUCAAGCAAGGGAAAAAGCUGAAAAGGAGGGAUUUGAAGUAAGUGUUGCCAAGACUAGUUUUAAGGCUAACACAAAGGCCCUAGCCGAAAAUGAAGGGGAGGGACUUGCUAAGUUGAUAUACAGACGGGAUAAUGGAGAGAUCCUUGGAGUUCAUAUUUUUGGACUACACGCUGCAGACCUCAUACACGAGGCAUCCAAUGCAAUAGCUCUAGGGACAUGUAUACAGGACAUAAAGUUUGCUGUUCAUGCACAUCCAACCUUGUCCGAGGUGCUUGAUGAACUCUUCAAAUCUGCUAAGGUAGGGAGGACAGGCUCCUUAGGUCCUGAAAUGAAAUCCUCUCCCAUUCUGCACUGGUUAAAAUCAACAUCUCUAGUCCAGGUGUGGCACCUGUUACUGUCUAAGUUCUCAACAUAGUAUUACAUUCCGACAACACUCAUUCAAUCAGAGACUCCAAGAAGCUGCCCGUCUUCUUAAGAGGAUCCAUCCACAAAGAAUUAUUACAUCUUGGUUCCAGGUGCUACAAAUUUUCUGAUAAUUGUUUCCUCAUUUUUCGGUUAUUUUCUCUGAUAGAAUUGCACUCUAAUGUUAGAGCUCAGGCUGCAGUUCUGUUUGUUCCCUUUUUAUUUUUUUCAUAGGACUACUGUUGAGGUUUUGUCAUGGAGAUACAUAGAUACACCCCCAACGACAAUAGAUAGUAGACAUGAGUUUUUUUACUCAACUGAAAUCUUUUGGCAACCUUCCUUUUCAGACCAAAGGAGAAAGAAACCCAAAAUGGUGACCAAUUUUUCCCCUUUUCCCUUUUUAUUCUUAAGCUAUGGGAUUGUAUUUUGUGAGAUUUUAUCAAUAAAAAUUUUAAUUAAAUAAAAAUCUUCUUUUCU